AUGUCUCUCAAGCUCGAACUCGAAACCUGGGCCAGUGCCGUCAAGGCAUACGAUGAAGAAAACUUCGAGGAAGCCCUCCAAAUAUUCGCGCGCAUAGCCGAAUCCUCCAAGAUCCUCACCAAUAUGGGCCUUAUAUAUGCAACUGUCGGAGAACACGAAGCCGCUGUCCAACAUUUUCGCGAAGCCGUAGGCCUCGACAAGUACCUCGCUGUCGCGUACUUCCAGUGCGGCGUCAGUAACUUUCUCCUUGGACGCUACGAGGAAGCGUAUCAAGACUUUGACGAGGCCUUGCUCUAUCUCAGAGGCAACCAAGCCAUCAAUUAUGAGCAACUUGGCCUCAAAUUCCGUCUAUACUCUGCCGAAGUCCUGUUUAACAAGGGGUUGUGCUUUAUCUAUAUGGGCCGCCUUGACAAUGGGCUUCAGGAGAUGCGUGAAGCACAACGGGUCAAGGUGACUGAAGAGCAUGGCGUAAUCGACGAUGCUAUUCAGGAUCAGGGAGAGGGUUACACAGUCUUCUCCAUCCCGGUCGGCGUUCUUUACCGUCCCUCUGAGUCCAAGUUGAAAAACGUGAAGGCCAAGGAUUAUCUCGGCAAGGCGCAGCUGAUCGCGGCCUCCGACGCCAACGAUGCUUUCACGACAUUCACUGGCGUAACUCGUCUUCAGAAAGGCCAAACACCAUCUGGUGCACCUAUAACGGACGGUCGACCCCUCCCUGCCCUCUCGCGAUCGGUCACCACUGCAGCUCGUGUUGAAACAGCACCGGAGUCGAAAGCUCCUGAGCCCCCGAAGCCGUCGGCACCGCAUUGCAAAAGAGCGCGACCAUUGGCCCUGGAAGCGUUGCUCGACAGCCCGGUUCAGCCCCUGGCUUGGGUGCAGGCAGUCCUGGUUUAUCAAGAAACCCUAGUUCUGCUGCAGGGUUGUCGAGAGCUCCCAGCUCGGCUGCCGCUCUUUCUAGGACUACAAGCGCAAGCGGCAGCGGUGGUAGUGUCAAUGGUGGAGGGGGAGGCCCUCCACCAGCCCACCACGGUUACCAUCAAUGCCUACUGGCGGCGAUUCUCUUAUGAGCCCCCAGCGGAGCCCCGCGGAGAGCUUCCUCGCGACCGGGAUCGUGAACGUGACCGCGAGCCUCCAAUAAGCGCGGCCAGGAGCCCGAGAGGCGCAGCUCGCAUGACCGACUUCUACGACGACUACAUUGGGGCGUACGAAGAUCCGGCACCUCCUAUCCCCGACAAGGUCGCCACAUGGGCUGCCCAGACCAAAGGGGCCCCGCCUCCUCCUUCCAUGUCGAUGCCCCCGUCUCGUGCUCCUUCAGUUACUGGAGGCGCCGUGGCGGUGGAUACGAUCGCGGAUAUGAGCAACGCGAUCAGCGUCACGAUGAACGCUCGCGGCCGCCUCCUAGCUCAGGAGGAGGAAGGCUAUGUCAGUGGUGACUAUGAAUACUCGGAGGCGCCCUUCGAGAUGACCAAGAUCCGAGUCAAGUUGCACUACAAGGAUGAUGUUCGAGGAAUGGCUAUUUCUCCGGACAUGCGUUUUGAAGAGUUUUUGGAAAAAGUUUCUGCCAAAUUUGGUCGUCAACUUGGAACCUUGGGAUUGAAAUUCAAAGACGAGGAUGGCGGCAGAGUGUCUAUGCGCGAUGAUGGUGACUACGAUCUUGCCGUAGAGACCGCCCGCGAGGCGGCCAAGGGCCGAGCUGAGGGCAAGCUAGAAAUUUGGUGUGUCGACGAGUAA